CCCCAACGGAAGACCUGAGCGUCUGGAGUGCAGAGCAAGAAUGCAGCCAUGAUGGAAAAAUAUACCGGAUCUUUGACUCCCCUCUCUGCGGUCCGUUUCUCACGACUGUAAAGGUGAAGCGGGAUAAAAAAAAUGGGACGACCAGUGGUGCUGAAGGCAACAGAUCCAAUCAGACAUUGGACCCGUUAUUGAAUAUCGCUGAGGAGCCUAAAAAAAGAGACGAUAUUCCCCCAGCCAGCCGAGUACGUGUGGGUGGGGCAUCGCAACCGCACGCCACACGACCGCCACCCGAGUAUGAGGAAGCUGUCAACUCCAUGAUGCCGUCGCCAUUUUUACCCUCGGGACCAUCGACAAUCUGUCCUGUAAGCCUGCCUGCCACUGUGCUGCCCCAUGGAAACGUUUCUAUUACGGCCCCACAAAAUUCCUCUGUUAUGAUGCUUCCACAGUCGCUUAAUCCUGCCUCAAGCUCCUUUUCUCUUCCCGCAAGCUCAGCGUCUGUAGGUCCAACUUUUAUUCCUCUUUAUUCAGAGGCACCCAAACCGGCGUCUCUUCCAAUGCAAUCAUUUGGAAUACCGUAUGUUGUUCUCGCCCCGUCAGGCCCUGCAGUACCGCAGCAGAAUAUCGUACCCCUGAACUCAGGUGCCAGUACCACAACUACUACCACAACCCCCAACUUGACCACCAUGGAAAGCAGCAAAAAUGAUGGUGUCAGUGGAAAUGCUGGAAAUAUUACCACCGAAAACGGAGCUACAUCGACGCUUUUUUCACCCAUUCCUUCAACUCCUUUUGUCCCGACUGGGGCAACUUUCACCGGUGUUCUUAACGGACCAAUGGGGUUACAGUCACGAUCCGUGCAGCCAAUAGGGAAUUAUGUUCUGCUGCCGGAUGGGAACAUUGGGGUAUUGAAUUCCGUACCCGUGACACCAAUUAAUUACUGGAACACUUGA